AUGAGUGUGGACCAAGAAGACUCAUCUAUGUGGGAGUUCAUGCUCGAAGUCGUGUCUAAAGGUGCAGAUAAUGUUGUUCGGUGGCUUCCUGGGAUCGAAGUAGUAGAUAUCGACGGGCAGCCUUUAGAACCACGCGAAUAUCAACCUACUUUAUGGAAUUUUUUAUACUCUAAUCAUUUAUAUCUGGCAAUCUUUGUGAACGUUCUAAACAAUAGAAUAAAUGCCAUUGUCACUCCCCGUAACCCAAGACCUUUGCCAAAAACUACCCGUGCUAUGUGUUUACAACCGUAUUUCUCACAAUGGCUUUUAGAUUACGGUGCUGGUUAUACCGACCAUCAAGCACUUUGGUUAUGUUUAAAGGCAUUAUCGGCCUCAAAUACCGACUUGCUUCUUAUAGCAAUACUCGAAAUUCUCGAUAUAUUUCUUCUCGAAGUUCUAUAUCUUCAUCCACGCGGAAUCCAGUAUCGACUCAUACCUACUACUAUCAUUGGCGUUGCAGGAAUCAUUCAUUAUGCAUAUGCUUUACUCGCUAAAUCAGAUACUUACCCAAUGCUUCAAAGUUUUGCUCGUUUCCCAGAACUUGCUUUGAUAGCUAUUAUUAUAAUUUGUGUUGCACUUCAUGUAAUUGCAUAUAUAGUAACUGGUGGCAACGUUCGUCGAACUUUUUUCUUGGAUGCUAGAUCAAUGCCAUCACUUCAUGAGGAUUAUACAAUGGCUUUAUACAGAAUUGGUACUAUUGUCAUAGAAACUAGUCGUGUUGAUGGAUUUCGUAACGAAUUGUCACCAAUAGCCGUUCCGCUAGGUACGAUAUUUGAACGCUCGAAAAAAAAGAAGCCGCGGUUGUCUGUCGAUAGUUCUAGCAAAAGAAAACCAACGUGUGGAUAUGAUAACGAACAACAGGAUACGAAUGAUUUGAUUUCUACAGAGUCUAAUGGUGGUCCGCGUCGUGUAAUUGUCUGGACAAAUUUCGUAUUUCAGAUCAUUCAAGUAUUCGUAGAGGCUAUAAUACGUAUUGCCAAUUGGUUUAAAUCAUUCUGUAAUGGGCGCCAACCAACAUCAAAUAACACACCACAAUAUAAUAAUAAUAUGGACGGUGUCGAUGACAUUGACUGGGAUGAGGAAAUUUAUCAAAGGUUUCUUUUUGAAGAAUUAGAUGAACGUGAGGAUGAUGACGAUGACUUUACAAAUAUAAAAGAUGAAGAUUCUAUAGAUGAAGAUUCUGACCAAGAUGAAAUUGCCAUCCCUAGUGAUGAACUUCUACUAUUGGGGAAUGACCUAAGAGAACAUGAAGAACAGCAACCUUCGUCAUCAUUUGCUUCGACAUCUUCUGUACUAUCAGCGUCAUCAUCUGCUUCGACAUCGAAUAUUCUAUCAACAAUGCAAUCUAUUCUUACGCAUUUAAUGUAUUCUACACCCCUUACUCGUAUGCAAUAUCGACGGCUCACGCAAAAUAGUAUGUCAUCUACACCUGACGAGUCUGCCGCACUGUUGGCAUUGAUUCAUGAAAGGCGUAUACCAUACGAGAUAACGUCCCAACCUAUCACCGACCGUGUUUGUGUGGUUUGUCAUGGAGAAGCUCGCCAAUGUCUUCUUAAACCGUGCGGCUGUUUCGCACUUUGUAAUGAGUGUCGUGAAACGAUGGCCCAACGCAAAUACAAGACUUGUCCUUGUUGUCGUCGGACGGUUGAAGGAUAUUCCAGGAACAUUCGAUCAAUUCUUUCUUUUUCAUGUGCUAUGGCCGUAAAUUCAGUUUCAGAUGAUUCUCCUACACAUCCACUCAAUACUCUUGUUAAACUUUUCAUGGUAUCGUCAAAAUUUUUAUUUCAACUUGGUGUCAUAAACGGAGGAUCAUACGCUGCUAAUAUAUUAUAUUCAAGUAGACACAUUG